CUUUGCCCGUUAAGAGAGAAUAAAACUUGCUGUCCUUGCUAAGGUGGUAGCAUUGUCGUUCAGGAGUUAGACAAAACGGUAUCGUUCUAUCGAAAAGAUGAAGCUGAUUUUGCCGCUAGCUUUUGUAGCAAUGAUUGCAUUGAAUUUUGCAGAGACAUUUGAGGAAGACAAUGAAAUGCGGAUGUCGGAUCCUGGUUGGUCAAGAUUGAAAGGUUUAUUUAGGCGUCGACGAAAACAACAGAGGAGACAUGGGAUGAAAGGAGAGAAAGGAUCUCCAGGACCACAAGGACCACAAGGAAGAAAAGGAUCUGCGGGACCACCGGGACAAAAAGGUGAGCCGGGACAAAGAGGAGAACAAGGUAUGAAAGGUGACACGGGAGCAACUGGACCUGAGGGAAUCCAAGGGCCUGCAGGAUCUCAAGGAGCCCGAGGUGAUAAAGGUGAACCUGGUUUACAAGGCAAAACUGGCGUAAUGGGACUCCCUGGAAAACCAGGACAAAAAGAGUUUGGUGAGCCUGGCUAUCCAGGAAAACACGGCGAAAAAGGCGAAAGAGGAGAGAAAGGAGAUAGAGGUGAGAUUGGAUUGCAAGGUGAACCAGGGAGAGAUGGCGAGAAGGGGGAACGCGGAUCUGAAGAAUCGAAUUAA